AUGGAGCAACCCCAAGCUACCCACGCCUAUGAGGCCGACGCGUCGGUCACACAAGGAGAAGAUCCUGAGAUAACUGCUGCUUUCAACCAAAUUAUCUCGAUGCUGAUAGACACCUCGAUCACGAAACCUAGCAGAGGCAUUCUCUCCGGACCCCCAGUUCGAAUUCCCGGAUCCUCUCCGCAAAUAGAAGAUUCCUCGAAAGCAUCAGCGUCCACCUCCAAGAGCAUGUUACCUAUCCGACUAGCAGCUCCUAGGUCAACAUAUCCUCUGAACGCCUUAAGCCUCCGAGUUCGGCGCCUGCUCAACCAACUGCCUCGCCUCUACAUCGACAAGUCUGUACCUGUGAAGGCUUUCCCAUUGUUCGAGAAGCUACCGACUGAACUGCGUUUGAUGAUCUGGGAUAUCUGCACAUACAAACCAAGGACAGUCAAAGUUACACAAGAUACGAGCUUUAUGCUUAGUCAACCUGCGACUGGUCCAUCUGUCAUUGCUAUGCAAGGGGAAUCCGAACACCCAGCGGUUUUACAGAUCAACCGUGAGUCGCGAGCGCUGGCCUUGAAAUUUUACACCAAGUACGUGCGAGGGGCCGCAGAAAUUCAGGCGGAGGAACUCCUCGUUGCGAAUCGCAAAAUUAAUCGGGGUUCCCCUUCAGAAGACAACCUCGGCCACGGUGCACUGUUCAUCAACUUCUCGGUGGACCGAUUCCACAUCGUUAAGAGUGGCCACCAAUUCGGAACACAUGGGAUGCUUCCCUUCAACAGAGAUGUAAUCGCGCAAGUUCAGUACAUUUCGAUGUUCGCGAGAGCUCAUUGGUAUCAGAGGUGGCAAUACACCAAAGCCUUAGACUUGCUGAACGCGGUCCACCGAAACGCAUCAGCAAAGGAGAUUAAAAUCGAACUCCACAACAUUUGGCAUCAUUUCCAGCCUGAACUGCGGUGGGAUGGCAUAGUUAGGUGUGCCGUCUGGGAGAAUGUCAGGCUUAGAUUCCUUGAAGAUCUCCGGCUCCAUUGCCAUGUCCCUGAUUCGUGGGUGAGAACUAUCGACCCAGUGGAUCUUGUCGGAGGAGCGCUCGAAGAUGAGGAGGAAAACUCCAAUUGGAGUGCACGAAUGGCAAGAGUGGAGAAGUUCGAGGCAGAAAGGGCCAAAUUGGAGGCAGAAAAUGCAGUAGUGUACAGGCUCUGGAUGAUGGACUGGGCAGAUUAUUGUGUGGAUUUCCCUAGAUAG